AUGGGAGCGUGUGCUGCAUUGGAUGGAUUGUAUCGUCGAUGUAAAUAUGGAGGAUCUUAUUACAUGACCACUUCAUUGACCAAAUACAAUGAUUGGUUACAAGAGUUGGGCAUGUAUCCAGAGGAAGUGGUAAAGGAGUUGGUUCAAUCUUUUGGAGUUUCAUACCCUUGCCAUGACAACAUGAUGGCUCAAACAACCAAAACCCUCGGCGGCUUGGUGAAGAAAAUUCCACAAAUAAUGGUGGGAAAUUUUGGCAAAUUUGAAGAGACACCUUUUGGAAUUCCAGUCAAGUAUUUGAAACAUGUUAUUUCGAUUCGUGGCACGGUGAAUGAGUUUUUGUGCCCUCCAAGACCGCACGGAUAUGGUAAGCCAGAAUUUCCAAAAUACCGAUAA